AUGUUUGAUUUGAAUUCUAUCUAAGAAACUGUUUUUAAUACAUAGAAAACCAUGUAUGAAGAACUAAUAGAAAAACUCUAUAAUAAGAAUAUAGAAUUGGAAAAACAAAUCUAAACUUUAAAAAUAAAAUGUAAAGAACAAUCUAUUAAAUUAUAAUGUGCAGAAUUAAACAAGUAAAAAGUGAAAAAUUAGAUUUUUACAAAAGUUUCAUCAAAUUCUGGCUAUUACAUUAUUUAAUUUAAACAAAAUUAGGUAUAUAAACUAAAUAUUUUUUAGUUGGGUAAAAAAAAGUAAGAAUUUCAGUUGUUAACUAAAAAGGAUUAGAUUCAAAAAGAAGUUAUUUUAUUUGAGCAGAAUUAAGAAACUGAAAAAAAACAAAAGAAACAAAAAGAACUUGAGAAAACUCCGCCAAAAACUAUAAUCAAUUAAUAGAAAAUAGUUGAAUUAGAUGAUUUAGAAAAGAACGAGUUAGAGAAUUAAUUAAAGUAGGAUGUCGAUAUCAAUAGAAAUGAAUAGUAACAAACUAUUUCAAAAUCAAACCCAUCAUAAAAUGAAUAAUAACAAUAGGUAUUUAUUUUUAUAAAUUUAAAGAGUGAACUAGAACAAAUUAAGGAUCUGAAUUAUCAAAAUGAAAAGGCUUCUCAAAAAUAAUAAUGGCAACCAUAAGAUCAUAUAAAUUAAUUAAAAAACGACCACACCGAAGAAAAUAAAUAAAAAAUUUAGCAUCUUCAUAUAUAAAUUUAAGAUUUACAAAAUUAAAAUUUAUAAAAUGAAAAAAAAAUUAUAGAAUUGACUCAAUUAAUAGCUUAAUUGUAAAAAGCAUCUCCAAAUUCAGAAGAUUCCACUAUGAUAAUAGAACUUAUGGAAGAAAAUUAAAAAGAGUAAUUUUAAAAUGGACAUAAUAAGAAGGAAUAUGCGAUAAAUUAAAAUCAUUAGUAAAUCGAUUAAUAUGAAAAAGAAAAAUGUAAAAAUUGACUCUAUCUAUAUAGUAUUGAAAGAAUUAAAUGAAGAAAGAAGAAAAAAUGAUGAUCUAAUUAAAAGUCAACAUUCAUUUUUAUAGGAAUUAACUAAAAUAUACAAAUCAACUAAAAUUAGGAAAUUAGAAUCCGAAGAUUAAGAAGAAGAAGAAGAGGAUGAUGAUAAUACGGUUGGUUAAGAGAAGAAAAUAAAUCAAUAGUAAUUACUUAAAGAAUGGAAGAAAAAUUUAUAACAAUUGGCCGAUGAAAUAGGAGAAUAUGAAGAAAAUGAAAGGAAUCUAAAGUAAGAAUUACAAGGUUUUACACUAUUCAAACAAAAAUAUGAAGAACUUACUAUGUAUUAUACAGGUAUCUGAUUAUNUAAGAAUAUAGAAUUGGAAAAACAAAUCUAAACUUUAAAAAUAAAAUGUAAAGAACAAUCUAUUAAAUUAUAAUGUGCAGAAUUAAACAAGUAAAAAGUGAAAAAUUAGAUUUUUACAAAAGUUUCAUCAAAUUCUGGCUAUUACAUUAUUUAAUUUAAACAAAAUUAGGUAUAUAAACUAAAUAUUUUUUAGUUGGGUAAAAAAAAGUAAGAAUUUCAGUUGUUAACUAAAAAGGAUUAGAUUCAAAAAGAAGUUAUUUUAUUUGAGCAGAAUUAAGAAACUGAAAAAAAACAAAAGAAACAAAAAGAACUUGAGAAAACUCCGCCAAAAACUAUAAUCAAUUAAUAGAAAAUAGUUGAAUUAGAUGAUUUAGAAAAGAACGAGUUAGAGAAUUAAUUAAAGUAGGAUGUCGAUAUCAAUAGAAAUGAAUAGUAACAAACUAUUUCAAAAUCAAACCCAUCAUAAAAUGAAUAAUAACAAUAGGUAUUUAUUUUUAUAAAUUUAAAGAGUGAACUAGAACAAAUUAAGGAUCUGAAUUAUCAAAAUGAAAAGGCUUCUCAAAAAUAAUAAUGGCAACCAUAAGAUCAUAUAAAUUAAUUAAAAAACGACCACACCGAAGAAAAUAAAUAAAAAAUUUAGCAUCUUCAUAUAUAAAUUUAAGAUUUACAAAAUUAAAAUUUAUAAAAUGAAAAAAAAAUUAUAGAAUUGACUCAAUUAAUAGCUUAAUUGUAAAAAGCAUCUCCAAAUUCAGAAGAUUCCACUAUGAUAAUAGAACUUAUGGAAGAAAAUUAAAAAGAGUAAUUUUAAAAUGGACAUAAUAAGAAGGAAUAUGCGAUAAAUUAAAAUCAUUAGUAAAUCGAUUAAUAUGAAAAAGAAAAAUGUAAAAAUUGACUCUAUCUAUAUAGUAUUGAAAGAAUUAAAUGAAGAAAGAAGAAAAAAUGAUGAUCUAAUUAAAAGUCAACAUUCAUUUUUAUAGGAAUUAACUAAAAUAUACAAAUCAACUAAAAUUAGGAAAUUAGAAUCCGAAGAUUAAGAAGAAGAAGAAGAGGAUGAUGAUAAUACGGUUGGUUAAGAGAAGAAAAUAAAUCAAUAGUAAUUACUUAAAGAAUGGAAGAAAAAUUUAUAACAAUUGGCCGAUGAAAUAGGAGAAUAUGAAGAAAAUGAAAGGAAUCUAAAGUAAGAAUUACAAGGUUUUACACUAUUCAAACAAAAAUAUGAAGAACUUACUAUGUAUUAUACAGGUAUCUGAUUAUAUAUCAUUUUUUAGAGGCUUAUAAUAGAUUAGGACAAGCUCUUUAAUAAAUUGAUGAAUUGAAUUAAGAAAUAGAUAAUAAAAAUUCUCUAUUACAAGAAUAUAGUUAACAAAGAACAUAAUAAUAAGAAGGGUAAAUUUAUUAAAACCAAAACAAUCAAUUUUAAGAAAAUAAUGAAAACGAUUCAUAAUCGAAUUAGGAAAUUUAAUAUUUAAAAUAGAUAAUUUAAUAACUUUAAGCACAAUUAGAUGAAAUUUAACAAUAAGACUACUAUUAGAGAAUGAGUUAAAUAUUGUAAGAGAAUGAUGAAUUAAAAAAAAUAAAUAGUGAUAAUUUAGGAGAUACUCAGAAAAAAGAUCAACUUAUAGAAGAAUUGUAACAAUAAUUAUUAACAUAAUCUCAAAUAAUAAACAAAUAAGGUAAUUAUUUAAUAAUAAUCAUAGAUUUAUUAGAGAAAAAAAAUCAUUAGGAACUGUAAUAAUAAAAUGACUUUAAUCAAUUAAAUUAAGAUUGA